AUGUGUGUUCAUAGCGAAUCUAGAGAUAUAAGAGUAUCAGAGAGCGACGAAAAUGAUUUUGCUGUUAAACAUAAUAUAUCUUGCUGUCCGGAAAUACCACAGGAAAAUCAGGACAUCAGCCCAUUAGAUAUAUUCACUGUUGUUUUUCAAUGCUGUGAUCCAGUGUUGAAGCAGGUGAUUGUUCAAAGAUUGUAUCUUUGUAAACUUGCCGUACCUUUCUUAUAUCGGCAUUGGGAAGCAACUGAAACACAGUAUCAAGCACUCUCUGUUUGGCCGUUGAGGUCAUUAAUUAUAGACAAUGUGCAAAGGAAUGUAAAUGAAUAUGAUAUACUAGGUAGCGAAAGUGACGCCCUUGAACUGCUGUCAAAAGUAUUAGCAUUUGGAAGUACAUAUAAAGGCGCUGUUGAGCAGAAUGUUGUAGACAUGCUUUUAAAUGUAACAAAGUAUAUAACAAAGCAGCUUGAAACAACUCAUACAAAGUCGUUUGAAAAACGAUUUUCGGAUACACAAUCAACAAUCAUCAAAACAGACGAAGACAAUGAAGUUUGUCAGGAAAGCAAAUUAGAAGCUAAAACUCUGAUAAAACAAAUGAAAACUGAAAGUGAGCCAAACGUUUGGAAACAAAACUUGACGCCAGUCCAGAGUAAACUGUCCAGGCAAUUAGGAAAACUCUUAAAAGAAAGGGAAAGAGAAAGAGACUUUUCCAAAGGAAUCAAACUUGAUGAAAAAAUUAAUUUACUGAGACAAACACAAAUGCAUUCUAUAACUAAGACAGUGAAACUUUUUCUUGACAUCCUCAUAAAGUACGAGAAUUAUCCCUUAAAACUUGAAUAUUUUCUUCGCUGGUUAAAUUUUGAUAUUCAAAGAGAACAACGGCAAAUAUUAUCCAAGCUUAUGCAUGAACAUCAAAAUGCUUGGGAGAAACUCAAAACACUAAAAACUGCCAAAAGAUGGAUGGAAGACGAAAUAAAAGAACAAGAAACUCUAAUUACAGAGUUUGAAGACAAAAUUGACGAAGCAUCAUUUACAGUUCAAAAUUUUUUCCAUGAAAUUGGUCAUAUAAAUGACGCUAUAUUAGAACUUAAAGAAGAUUCAACAAAAUUAGGACUGCCAAUGUUAAAAAAAAUGUCAGAUAUUUUCGGUUGUUACGUUGCUGAUGGACAUCCAUUUGAGUUGGUUGACGGUGAUAGUUUCUAUAUGCCUUACCAGUGGAUCAAAAGCGUCAUUAAAUGUACUGGAGCUAAUUAUGUGAUGUCAGUUAGUGUUUUAGGCCUACAAAGCUCCGGAAAGUCAACUCUUCUGAACACAAUGUUUGGAUCCGAGUUUGCGGUAAGAACAGGUCGUUGUACAAGGGGAAUAAAUGCUCAGCUCAUUCCUUUAAAAUCUGAACAUAAUGACAAAAAUUCUUCCCUUGUAAACUAUGUACUUUUAAUUGACACAGAAGGCCUGAGGUCACCCGAGUUAAGCCAUGUGCAGCAUGAACAUGACAAUGAACUGGCUACUGUUAUAACAGGUGUUGGUGAUAUCACGAUACUAAAUAUAAUGGGUGAAAAUAUAAGCGAUAUUCGGGACGUUUUACAAGUAAUUGUUCAUGCCUUUCUUCGUUUGAAAAUGACAAACAAGAAACUAGAUAUAAAGAAAAGUUGUGCAUUUAUUCAUCAUAAUGUAGCUGAUCCGUUUGCAUCAAAACGUAUGACAUGUGGUUUAAUAAAGUUAAUGCAGACUUUAGAUGAAAUGACAGAAGACUCGGCGAGGAGUGAAGGAAUUCUUGACAUCAAACGUUUUAGCCAAGUCAUUGAAUGUGACAUGAAGACACAAAUAUGGUAUCUACAGAAUUUAUUGCAAGGGAAUCCACCGAUGGCGAGAGUAAAUAAUGAAUACAGUGAAAAUGUAGUGGAUAUAAAAUUCAAAAUCUUGGAUAAGUCUUUGAAAAUGAAAAACAAAUCUUUCAAAUCUUUGAAUGAUGUAGUCGAACAAGCACAUAACUUAUGGAAAGGUGUUCUAAAUGAAGAUUUUGUUUUCUCUUUUAGAAAUAGCAUUGAAAUUAAAGCUUAUAUGGAAAUGGAGUAUUUUGUUCAAGCUGAACUUUGGAAGCUUGAAAGCUUUGUACGUGAUAAAUUAAUACAAAUCUCGCAAAACAGCUUUGCUACAUGUGAUAAAAAGAAAGAAAUAUCCAAACGAUCAUUAGAAAUUCUGACAGUUAUAUUUCAAGAAAAACAGGAAGAGGCACUACGGCAAAGAUCUAUGAUUGUUGCGAAUGAUUGCAAAGGUCAGAAACUAAGUAACGAGACAAUAGAUCAACUUUUUACUGACAUUUGGGGAGCUUUUCUAAAUAAGGUUGAUACGUCUGUAACAGGUGUGAUAAUGUCCAAAAAGAAAAUGCAAGAUGUCUUUCAAACAUGCCUUGAAAACAUCUUUAAGCAAAAUCAUGCAUUGCUUAAGCAGGCUUUAGAAGAAACCAAUUUCUUAACACCAUUGCCGAAUGUAAAACAAUUAGCAAAAUCCUUUUGUGAAACAGGAAUAAAUAAAACAGACAUAAGCUUCAAAGUCGAAGUAAAGGAGGAAAUGACUGAUACAAUGAACACUAUCAUAAGAAGGGUCGACCAAAUAUUUGAAUCGGUUGAUACGAAAAUAAAAGAACUAUGCCACAUUCACGAUGAAGUUACAGAAAUGUCUGUCAAUAAACUAAUGUGGGAACUACACUAUAGCAUACAAGAUAUCUUAAAAACAAACAGUGGAUAUAAGUUUAAAAAAUCGUUCGAUGUAAAACUUUGUGUACAUGUAAGCAGGCAUGCUCACCCAAUAUUUGAAAUACAUAAUGAAAAAUACUCUAAAACUCAUGCAACGGCUGUCCUUCUUGAGCAAUACAGAGUUCAACAGAAAAUAAGUUUUCAGUAUCAAUUACAAUGCCGGAAAUUCGAGGAUUUUGUCGCAGAACUCUUUUCGUCUAUCAUUGAAUAUUUUGCAGAAAAAUGGGCAUUACAGACACUGCCGAAUAAAGUUACCGACGAGUUAUUGGCCCUUCUUCCGAGCGUUAAAAACAGAGUCAUAAUUGAAAUAUGCAAAGAUCUGUUACGUAAUGACGAUUUCGAAAACUUCAUUUGCUACAUAGAGGAUCCAAAGAAAUAUGCUAGUAUAUGGAUCACUGAAAAAGCUUAUCAAUAUCUAGAUGGACAAGUCAUUGUAAACACCUCGUCAUCGUUGCUUACAGAAUUGUUUAGAAGUGUUAAAAAGUGCGUACAGGAAGUACAAAAAGAAUAUGAAAGGAAGUCACCACCCUCAAAUGAGACUUGGAUAGAAUAUUUCGAACACGCACUGAAAUCGUAUAAUCAUGCUAUUCCAUCUGAACGUUUUCGAAGAAUAAAAAAUGAAGAAACAAUAAUACAAAAUUUUGAAUACCUGACAACUAAAAUUUUAGAAAAUAUGAACAUUUCUGAAAAAAGAUUGGCUUCUAAGUUUAAAUCAUUGCAGAGUCACUCCAUAAAAUGGCCUGAUUUUAAUCCUAUUUCACGCGUUAUGAAACAGAUAUGGGGGUGUCAAGAACAAUGUCCUUUUUGUGGAGAACCAUGUGCCAAAAGUCGAGAUCAUGUUGGUUCCACACAUUACAGUUUACAACAUCGACCUACAUGCUGCACUGGCAGUCGUAACUUCAGCACAAAUGAUGCAUGUUUAACAUCAUGCGAAUUUCAUAUUCAGUCAGAUUUUAAACAUUCCUGCAGAGUUUUCAAUAACAUUUGUUAUGUUGAAAACAAUGAAUGUGAUGGUGAACAUUUGUACAGCGCCUACAAAACUUACCUCCCAGAUUGGGACAUAGCACCAACCUCUAAUAUGUAUGAGUCAUCAAAGUAUUGGAUUUGGUUUGUAGUGAAAUACAAACAACAGCUUAAACGGAAGUAUGGUUAUGGGAUUGAUAACAUUCCUUCUUCAUGGAACAAUGUUACAAUAUCAGAGGCAAUAGAGAGUUUAAACAAAAUAUUUUCUGCAUAA